AUGAAAUCAUUAACGGAGCUUUUAUUCCCUGUUACACGAAGUUUUGAUAGCCUGCGAAAGGAAGGCCAUUGUGGCCCCCUGUCACCACAGCCAGCACCCAAGCCCUCAAUCACCGUGGCCAGCCAGCCAGCCAAUUUAGCUUUUGCUUGGCCGCCAUCAGUUAAGCAAAACCCGAACCUUCCUACCUUGCCAGCUCUCAUGACCACCGAAAAUGCUUCCAGUAUUCCGAGUAAACGGGCUACCCCAGCCCUCCAGAUGGGACCCCGUAAAAAAGCCUCAACAUCUGAUCCCCUUAUCUCCCAUGGGCGCCACUUCGGCCGAACAGUAUUCGCUCUGUGCAAUUUUCCUUCUCUGCUCACCAAUGGUAUCCUCAGAUUAGAGCAGAUGGAAGAUGCUCCACUGGAGGACUUCUCUACUGAUGAGCGACGAGAGCAUCGCGUUUUUGAGCACCUCUUAGACUCUUACCCUGGCCUUUUAGAGCGACUACAAAACGGGUCUGAGGAAGAACUCAUUCAUGUCGGUGAGCUAAUUGGUAAAGGAGCCGCAGGUGCGAGGGGCGACGACACGAAAACAUUAAAGUCUGCGGUGCUUGAUUGGAUUUCCCCGAAAGGGGCAGCAAUCCAGCCUCCCUUACACAGAAACUCGAAGAUCGACCGUGGAUUCAACCAUGAGCUAACUGGAUCGCUUCUUUGUCCCGCUGGGUUGGACUGGAAAGACCCAGAGACGAGAGAGAGCCUCCGAAGCGGAGAAAUGUCGGUAUGCGGAGAUCAAUGGCCCAUAUUUUUGUACACCAACUAUACUUACGACGCUGAUGAUCCUUGGUGUGGUCUUCUUAGGAAUCGCUUACUCGUAUCUGCUUACAAGCACGUUUUCACAUCCCCGAGUUCAGUUGACAAGGAACCAAAAGCCACGCGAUCCGGUAAUGCUCGCCUCCAUGGCAUGAAUGCUGUCACCAUCGCUUCCAUAGCUUAUAUUGCAACGCAGGUCCGAUUCGCUCUAAGUUCUUCUUCAGUGUUUUCACGGACCGACACGUCCACAGACUCAGAGACUUUCUACCACAGUCUCCUCGACCUCCUCGAGGACCCUGAAGAAUCUAAGGAAGUCGAUGAGUUGCUCACGUGGUGGAAUCGUCAAGUAUUUCCUACGUCAUCUGCUGCCAAGCGGCCUAUCAGCGCCAACAGUGCUUUGGCGAAGAUCCGACUCAGACGCCUUGCAGUCAAACAGGCUGCAGAUCUUAAUUCUUCGUAG